GUUUCUGCGAUGGAGCUGGGGAAUGUCUCACAGCCUGCAUAUGGCCCAGGGCCUGUGGCACCAGAAGCCAGCACCCCGGUCCUGGUGGCAAUGGUACAUGGCUUCCUGCAGCUGGUGCAGCCCAAUGACCUGCCCAUAGAACUGAUCACAGAUUUUGGGCAGCACCAGAGUGAGGAGGACAGCAAGGAGCCAGUCCAGGAGUUCCUGGUCUAUGAAUUGGGUUUCCUGGUCUGUGCGGCCAUCGGGCUCCUCUUCAUCAUCCUGGUGCCCCUGGUGGGAUGCUGCUUCUGCUGCUGCCGCCUCUGCGGAAACUGCGGGGGCCGCAUGUACCAGAAGCAGGGCCGGCGGAUGCGCUGCCGGCGCCGGGCGCUCUGGGCCUCGGCCCUGCUGGUUUCUGCUCUCCUCCUGGCCGGUGACAUCUGUGCCUUCAUCAGCAACACCCGCUUCUCCCAGGCUGUGCAUGGCACCUUCCCUAAUGUCAACAACACCCUGGACAAUGUUCACACCUAUGUGGGCUCCAUCCCCGAGCAAAUCAAUUUUAUCAUUGACAGCAGUGACGUCCCACUGGACCAUGCCAAUCGCAGCCUUCAGGAAAUUGGGUCCAGCCUGGGUGGCAUGAUCAUCUCGGACAUCAGGAGCAGCGUGAAUGGGGCUCUGGGGCCCCUCCAGAGCGUCUUGCAUGGGAUGGAGACGCUGGAAGCUACCUUUGGCAGCAUCGCUGACACUCGCUCACGUCUUGAGGAGCUGCAGAGCAACUACAGCCGGCGGCUGGCCAGCCUGCGGGACAGCCUCAACCAGACCCUGCAGCGCUGCGGCCACCCCUGCGGCAACGUAUCCCUGAAUGGCCUCACCUUCAGCACCAACUUCAGCACGAUCCCCAGUGUGGAGCAGCAGCUGGAGGCACUGGGUGAUGUGUCUGGCUCCAACAUAACAGCUGAGUUAGAGAAGGUUAACAGCACGCUGGCCAUGAUCUCUGACAAGGUGCAAGAGCAGUCCCAGGACGUGGUGACGGAGACCCAGGACCAGCUGGGCUUCAUCAGGAAGGAGAUCAGGAGCUUGAAGGAGCAAUUGCCAUUCCCAGAGGUGGAGGAGAAUGUCAAGGCCUUUGUGGACGAUGCCAUGUUGGCACUGGAGGAACACAGGGAGCUGAUCAUUGCCUUGGAUGGGCUCAGGUGGAGUGUGUAUACCUUCCUAUGCUGCAUGGUGCUGCUGGUGGUCCUCUGCAACCUCUUGGGGCUGCUGCUUGGUCCCUCGGGUCUGAAGGAGGAUGUGCUGCCUACACAGCGCAGCAGCCUCUCCAACGCCGGUGGGAACUUCUUCAUGGCAGGGGUUGGCUUCAGCUUUAUCUUCUCCUGGCUGCUGAUGCUGGCGGUGUUGAUCACCUUUGUGCUUGGGGGGAACAUCUAUGUGGUCAUCUGCAAGUCCUGGCGCAGCCAGCAGCUCUUCCAGCUCCUAGAUGAGCCUGGACUGAUACCUGGCUUCAACCUGUCAGAGCUGCUGGGCCAGGAGGCUGGUACCACAAACUUUUCGGAGAUGUACAGAGAGUGCCAGCGAGAUGCUGCCCUGUGGCAAACGCUGCACCUAGACAAAAGUGUGUCCCUGGACGAACUCCUGAACAUCAGCCAGUACACUGGACAGAUCUCCAUAGCCUUUGAGAAGACAAACAUCACCCUGAGCCCCAUCUCCCUCCUCAGCCAGACCCAGAGAGACUUGCUGCAAAAUGCCAGCCGGGAUGGGCUACCCCCCAACUUUAACCUCACCCUGGACCAGCUGCAUCAGAAUGUGACCAAGGAAAGCCUCCUGGACCUGGCUGCAGAGCUGGAGCAGCUGGCAGACAAAGAGGGCACAGACAUCAAAGAGAGCCUGAAGGAUAAUGUUAGGGAACUGAGGAAGGUGAAUGAGGAGCUGCAGACAAGCUUCUCUGGGCCGCUGAAACGCCUGGAGGAAGACAUCUACUCCGUGCAGAGUGUGGCUGUCCACCUCGAGGUACAGACAAAAGAUGCGCUGGACAAAGCCAGUGAAACGGAGGAGUUCCUGGAUAGGGAGAUGGCAAACAUCAUCAAGAAUGAGACAUUGGCUUUUGUGGAGCUCCUGAUGGGCUUUUUUGAGACCUACAUCUCCUGGGCCAAGAAUGCGCUAACAAGAGAUGUGGCACGUUGCAAGCCCAUAGCUCAGACCCUGGAUAACGUGGAGGCCAUCAUGUGUGACUACCUCCUGGACUCUCUGAAUGCCUUCUGGUUCAGCCUGGGUUGGUGCACCUUCUUCUUGCUGCCCAGCAUCAUCCUCACAGUCAGACUGGCCAAGUUUUACCGCCGCAUGUACAUUGCUGAUGUCUACAGGAAUGAAGCCUUGGAGAUGCCACCCAUGUUCAACCUCUACCAACUCCCUCGUCCAUCCAUGAGGUAUUAG